AUGAGAGAAGAGAGAAAUCAACAGAAUCUUAUGACUGAGAUCGAUGACAUGGCACAGAUGACAGCUGCAACAGCAAGACUUGCUUCUGAUCCUGCACCUCUGAAUGACUUCUGUGUUGCACCAAGCCACCAACUGACUUCAAAUUUGCGGUUUGAUGCAGUAAUUGAAAACGGGCAAUUGUGCAAGGAUCCAAAGUUAGUGACACCAAAUGAUUUCUUCUAUUCUGGAUUGAAUUGGCCAAGAAUUCCAAAUAAUGUAGAAUCAAAUUUAACAAUUUUAACAGUUAAAGAAAUAAAAGGAUUAAAUACCAACGGAUUUGUUGCACAAAACGGUGUAGCCCCUCCCGGUUAUCAUCCUCGAGCAACGGAAGUUCUUACAGUCUUAGAGGGAACAGUUUAUAUGGGUUUUAUUACAUCAAAUCCCGAUCAUCGUCUCUUUGCAAAAGUUCUACAUCCCGGAGAUGUUUUCGUAACUCCAAAGGGUUUACUUCAUUUGUAUGAUAGCCAAAAUCCGGGAUACGUAACGGUAACCAGUAGUAUAUUUGGAUCAAUACCGCCUAUUCCACCUAAAGUUCUUACCAAGUCAUUUCAACUUGAUAAUCAUAUAAUCACUUAUCUUCGGGGACGAGAAUAG